AUGAGCUUGAGAGAUGUUGUUCAGCACGGCAAGGACUUGGUGUCACGUAAAGUGCUAUGCGGAGACUCCGAACCUGAAAGACCUCUGAUCAUCUCCUCGCCAAUACUCCAACAUCCAAACCAGUCUUCCAAGAAACUUGCAAGCUCCGAAGCACCCUUUCAACUAGCAACACCUCUCUUCCGUCUCCCAGGCGGACUCGCCCUGGUACGAAGCUCACCCACCUCAACUCACCGACCAGCUACAGCCAACGAAUCGCCCACCUCACCUCUCUCCGACUCAUCAUCGCCCCAGUUCCCCCCCUCCUCGCCAUUCCGCUUCGAUUCCUCGCGGCGCAGCUCCUGGCAAAGCACCCAGUCGCGACCACAGUCCCAAGGAGUCUCCACCACCGCCGUCAAGAGUCGCCUCCACUCAUUCAUCGACGCCAGCUCGUCGCCACCCUCCUUCUCGCGCUCGAUGACCUCACUCGCCACCCCGGCGCACCAAGAGCCUUACCCAUCCUCACCCUACAGUCCGCCCCAGACACGCCGACGCUCUCACAACGUCGGCUCGCCUCUCACAUCGCCGCCUGCAUCCUACGGAGUCGAGCAGCGCGCUGGAGCAAGCCCGGACGACGCGCCGCGCAGAUCGAAUCUAUUCGAGAAGGCGAAGAGCGCUCGUGAUGCUUGGAAGAAGCACCAGCGGGACGUGAAGACGGAGAAGCUGAAACAGAGCAUUCGCCUCGUCGGACCGGCUGAUGCGCGGGAUGUUGCCGGGUACAUCAACUGCGAUGACAAAGUGAAUGGGCGUGCCAGUGGAGAUAGCGGGGUUGGCGAAGGGGAGGUUGCCUGGAUACUCUCUCGGUAG